UAGCCAUAAAUUCAACUUCAACCCCCAACUGUAAAAAUAAGGGAGCAAUACCCCUUAAAUUUAUAUUCCGUAACGAAUCACAUGAUGAAAUUUUUGCAGUGACUUAAAUUUUUUUAUCAUAUUUUAACCCAAGACUAAAUUUGUUCAGUGUGAACGAUACCGAAGCAAUUAAUUUACCCAGAUCACCAUGAUGCUUACGAAGAAGACGCUUUCCCGAGCUCCAGCCGCCAUGAGGAGUGGACUGCCACUGAGGAUCAACCAGGUGCGGGAACUGGAGACUAAGCCCAGCACCUGGGCGGAUCUAAAUAGAUACGAUCCGCUGAAAAGGCCGAUGAAGGACCUCUGCUGGAAGGCGAUGCCGAGCACGGAGUUCAAGUGCCGCUCCGACGCCGAGUUCAGUGCGGCCGCCUUUCUCGACGCCCAAAGACGGUGUCUGUGUCCCUGUGCCAGCGCCGUCCCGCCGUCGGACCUCACGCUCUACAAGCCCUCGGACAAGCUGAACCGCCACUACCAGCGCACCUGGUGCGAGUGCGAGGUGGAGGAGCGGAAGCGCAAGGCGAUCUGCACCUGCAGGCCGGUGACCUUUCCGCGGCGACCCCGCCGAACGCCUCCGCUCGAGAAGGUUUGCGCCGACGGCAGCGAGAGCCUGGGGCUGGGGUCGUGCCGGCCGAAGAAAGCGCCGACAACCUGCCCCAGGUUCAAGCUGCCGUUCUGCAAGGAGGUCAGAAAGAUCCGCUGCGGGCCGUAUCGACCCCACGCCGGCUGCAUUCGCCCCAGGACGAAGUACCCCAGCUUCUCGGAGUGCCAUCGCGACCCGCUGCCAGAGGUCCCGCCCCCAUGCUUCUGCAUCAACCAGCCGGCCAUGUGCGAGGUGUGGAACUACUACCGCAUGAGGAAGUCCUAGAGUUGCCCAGGUCGUUCACCAGUUGCCAAUUGCCAUCCAACCGUUUUGAAUAAAGCAAACUAGGAGCCACA